AUGUACGAAGCACAUGACGAGUACGAAUGGCCUACUGUCACCGGCUACGAUUUUGCGCAGGCCAUGCGAAUUCGCCGUGCGCUAGUCAAUGAUGUCUUCGUUGCGCUGGAGAAGACAGGUAGGGUCAAGCUUGUGGGUGAGCAGGCGCAGAGUGUGCCGAAUACACUGCAGAGCAGCGGAAAGAAGGUUGAUGACACUGCUGGUGGAAGCAAUGCUGGACGCAAACGCAAACGCAAGAAUGAAGACAGGGAUUACGAAAGUGAUGAAUUCCUCAGCAAGACGAUGCGUGAACUACUCAUUAUGCUGAAGGGUCCCAUCUCAGUAUACACCAAACAAAUAAGCACCACUUGUGGAGUCAAGCCUGAAGUUCAGCUGGCCGAUAUCGUUCAUGAUACCUUGGUAUAUGAUUUGGAUGAUUUGGAUAAUUGGGAUGAUUACUAG